AGCUUUUCAAACCCGUUUGUUGCGAGUAAGGCUCAAUACUGUUGCCGUCGGUAACCGCUAAAGAGGAGAGAGGAAAUACUUGGAAACAUAUUUUUGCAUAUAUGCAUGUAUUGGUAGAUCCUGCCUUUUCUUCUUCUCUUUUGUUAUUAUUGUUAUUAUUAUUAUUUUUCCCCGUCAACCGUACCGCCCUGUGCUUUUGUGCGAUACCUGACCGUUGUUCCUUUCCCCACUUUCUCGAAGAGACGUUGUCGUUUUCUUUUUUUCUUUUCCCACUCUGUGUUCGCCGCUUUACGCACUGCAGCACAGUGCUCGUUUUCUCCUCCUCUUUCUGCGUAUCGCCAUCCGUCGUUCGUAGCGGCGGCAGCGACUUGAGUGCGAUCCUCACACAACACGAGGGACAACAAUACCUGUGGACCGGACAAGAGGGAGAGCAGGAAACGCAAAGGGCUGAGCGCCAAACGCCGGUGAAAGAGUGAAGUAAGCACGAAAAGGAAAAAAAAUUCUGCUUUACAUACGUACUUCUUACUUAUUAAUAUAUACUCUCACGAGAAAAACAAAGUACUGCCCGUUUUCUUCUCAUUUCGGUUCAACUUCAAACGUAUAGGCGCAAGAACUCAUACAGGCACACAGGGAAGCACACGCACACACGCGCAAUGUGGAGUUAUGAGCGGCUGCGUAACGUGGGGAAGAUGGCGGCGGACGUCGGCGUUGCGUUUCCAGAGCAUGCCACCAACGCCGCUGGCGCAGGCGGGGUCUGCGUCAGCUCUCGCAACCGUCGUCGAUCCUGCCGGCGCUUUUGGAGGCUGCGCGCGCUGCAGGCCUUUGUCGUCAUCGGGCUGAUUGGUUUUGCUCUGUCGUGUUACGGGAUCGUCCGCAGCGCUCAUUCCGCCCAGCGCAUCGGCACUCCGGCAACGUCGACGCGCCGUCCGCGGAACGCCAAGCCGCCACCACCGGCGACGCCAUCGUCGCGUCCUCCCUACGACGACCAGCACGGCCGCAGGAACACCGCGACGCUGCGGACGCCCAAGUCGGGCACACCGCUUCCUACCACCCAACGGCUCGGUUUUCGCAACGGCACCAACGCAACGCGCGGAACGGCAACCGAGGAACGGAAGCCGACGGGGUCGGACCCACGCACCGUCCGCCCACACAUGUUCAGCUCGGACAAGGUACAUGGGCGGGAGGAAGGGGAGUAUCGGCUCGAGGAACCGGACCGCCUGCCUGGGCUUUCCAUCAGCCGCCGCACCUACACCGCUGCCGAGCUGCUGGAGAAGUUUAGCAACGUGGAUUACAUCUACAGCUUCGUCAACGGGACGGAGGCAAACCACGAAUACCGCAAAGAGGUCCGGAGCGGGUGCUUCGCGCAGAUCCUGGCCGCGGAGGCCACGUCGUACGAGCAGGGGUACCCGGCUUUCCUCACACCCACCACCACCGCCGCCCCCAGCACCACUUCCGCGAUGACGAACACGAACAGCAGUGUGCAACGUAAUGGGAACGCUUCGGCACCGGUGCUACAUCCGUUUGCGCUCCUCAGAUGCUCCGCAAAUCGUAUACGCAACCUAGUUGGACCGGGCCAAACCGUAGGCGCGCUGCUAACUGGAGUUCAAGCAGCGGCUCGCAGAGGUGCGGAUAGUCGUGACCGCGAGACCGACGAGCUGCGGCACAGCAUUCGCAGUCUGGAGCAGCACGUCCAGUGGCACCGCGGGCGUGUGGUGAUUGUGUCGCCCGGGCACCACCCGACGUGGGUGGACGGCGCGAGGAACUUCCUUGCCGGUGUGUGCGGUGGCGCGUCCGUGCAGGCGCUGCGCUCGCGUGGCACGCAUCUGCGGCUGACGACGGUGCACCAGGACGCGCUGAUGCCGUACGGGAUGCGGCUGACGGCUGACUCGCACGUGAUUGAGCAGCACAUCUGGCGUGUGCGGAACACGACCGCCGUGCACGUGUACAUGAACGACGACUACUUCGUGAACCGCGACGUGGCCAUCACGGACCUGUUCAACGAGUACGGCGGCACCAUUGUGCGGACGGAAGGCGGCCAAAUUGGCGUCGCGGCAGUAGGUGAUCACACCGCAUCGUGGGCGAAGGGUGUCUCGAAUACGGAGUUCUUCAACGUACAACAACUCGAUAUCAACAAGGAAGAUGAUCUUCCCGCCGACUUGGUGGCGAUGUGGGAUGCGCUUCAUAGGGUGAGCGAUGCUACUACGACCGCAGGAGCAUUGCCCUCUGUUGCCCAGCCCCCGCUAGAACAGGCGGUAGACGUGGCGCACAGCUACAGUCCGCCACCUCCGUCCUCAGCGCUGUUGAAGGCACGACGUGUCCGCUUCUACGCCACCCACGCCCCCUUUGUGUACUGCACGAACAUGUUCCGCUUCCUCGAGACGCGCUACGAACGUGAAUUCGCGAACGCUUCUCUGCACCAUCGCGGGCGUAAGGCGCGGGACUUGUUUCUGCCGUUCCUCUACAACGCCUUCAUCAUGGCGCGGCCGUGGCAGGCGUCCCCUCAGUUCCUGCCCUACCUGAUGCAGCUGCACCGCAGUCGAGGCCGCACACCCACCGAGGCGCCGCCGUCGCUGUCCAUUUCGUUGGACAACGUUGACGGGUGUGCACCCGCGACUUUGUUGGCCGGGAGGUCCUCUGGUUGCGCCUACGGAAAAUUCUCAAACAAUGUGUCGUUCAACGAGGGGGAGAUCGCGUACUUUCGUGUGAAUGCACGAUAA